AUGGAGGAUUUUUUGCGUGUUGCGGUGGCUGUUGGAGCUGGUUGUUUAGCGAAAUAUUGGAAUAAUAGGAGUUCGGAGAAUGGUGAUGGUUCGUAUCGUUUGUCUUCAGAGGAUUUGAAAUUUGAGAAUGUUGAGUCGUCGAGUUACUGCUUACCGUUCGUCAAACAUAUGCAGAGACAAGAAAUGGGAAAAGAUGUUUCUUUAGAUCGAAGGGGUUUGGAUGAGAAGUCCUCGGAUUUGAGUUCCUUGGAUGGUUUUUCGACAGGAGAUAUGUUGUCUAAUCGAAGGUAUAAUGAGAGUGAUCUGCUUUCCAUAUCAAACUUAGCCAUGCCAUUAUCACCGUAUGGAUACUAUGAUAGCUUUAAGCAUGGUGAAGACGGAAAUGAGCGGAAGAGUGAUACUUUUGGCAACCAUGGUUUCUUUCUUUCUGAGUUUUCUACCAAUGUGGUUCCUAUACAAAACUCUUUCGGACAUAAAACCUGUGUAUCGACGAAACGUUUUCCCAAGCAUGUUAGUAGACCGUUAAAUUCAUUAGAAAGUUGUUUCAUGGAAGAGUAUGUUUUCAGUCCUCUUUCAUUAUCAUGUAAGGCCACAAGAUCGUUUCGUGUAAGCAAUGGAAGCCGAAUAUUCAAUAGAGGCAAUGAUACUUUUAUCAAUUCGUCAACUGCGAGUAAGGAGCAUAAGUUGCAUAAAGCUGGGCGAGCAAAAGACAAAGAUGACACCAAGAAGAUGAAGCUGGAUGCAAUUAUUGGGCGAAAUCGAAGGUCAAGCUUUUCUGAGGACGUGCUUAAUGGAAAAAACACUCGAUAUGAUCCGACGUUACUCUUCAGCUUUGGGAUUUCUCUUGGGAUAAUAAUUUGCAUCAUGGGAAAUAAAAGAGAAAUAAUCAAGCUACGAGAAUUGUUGAAGCAGAGUGAGAACUUGGUUCAAGAUCUUCAAGAUGAACUUGAUAUGAAAGAUUCUUUAACUGUGAAGGAGUUGCAUAAUGAAAAUUACGGUUCACAAGAAACAUGUGAUCAUUCCUUCAAUGGUAAGGAGCUACAUGAAUUUUCCCCUGAAAAACACGUGGAUUGCUCUCCAAGAAUAGAAUGCAAAGAAUCGUCAUGUGAUAAGAAGGAAGAACAAAGUUCGGAAUCUAUGAGCAAAAUUGAAGCUGAGCUUGAAGCUGAACUUGAGAGGUUAGGGUUGGACAUGAAUAAUUCAAGCCUGGAUAGAAAAUUAUCUGAGCUUGUCGAGAUUGACCCAGACUUCGUAGCAGAUUUUGCUCAAGGCGAGUUGCGAGCCAACGUGUUCGGUGGAACAGAUGCCAAUGUCACUACACCUCUUCCUUCAAACUAUGGAGUUUCGCCGCAUGAACUGAGUGUACGUUUGCACGAAGUCAUACAGCACCAACUCGAGAAACGAGUAAAGGAGCUUGAGAUUGCCCUUGAAAAUAGCCAAAGGCAAGUGAGGUUUUUGGAAUCCAAACAUGAUGGCAGUUUCGAAAAGGCAUCUUCUCCUACCAAAGGAAACUCGAUGAUUCGUGAAGAUUGUGACACUAUGUCUCAGCCCUUAAUUCUCAAUUUAUCUGGUGAAGCACUCGAUGCAUACAACGAAGCCUAUGAAGAAUUAAUAAAGAUAAAUGAUUCUGAAGACAAUUCACCAUCAACCAACAUUAAUGAUAGUGAUGAUGACAACAAACAAGGUUCGCCACUUUCACAUGACUGGCAUGUAACAGGUUUUGAGCACAGUUCGGCAACGAACUCGGUGGUUGAUGAAGGAAGUCCUUCAAGGGAACCCUAUUUUAGCAAGGAGACAAUGUUGGAAGGAAAAAGCUCUAGUGAAUUGAAUGUUAGUGGAGAUGAAAGCUGUGAUUGUGAUAAUGAUGAGAUGGAGAGGCAAUUGAUAAGGCAAAUUGUUGAAAGAACCAAGAAAGGUUCUCCUCUUUUUCAAAAUGCAAAAAAGAUAUUGUAUUCUAUGGAUGAAGAUGAACAACAUUGA